AUGUCAGUGCCUUGCGAGCUGUAUCUUGUGCGAGCUGUCCCUGUAGCCACUGGUCCUUUGAGGUGCCGGCAAAGACGGCACUGGGUUGAGGCAGAGGCCGUUGCGGAAGCCGAGCAAUACCUCGCCGAGGAGUCCGAGUUGGCCCGGCGCCAGGCCGACAAAACGCACAGCAGAAACUCUGCCGGUUUCUGGUUGUUUCUGCCUUUUGUUUGGCAUCUGGGUACACAGCCCCAGAAGGCUUUGUCAAUGAUGCGUCAUGUCUGGCGGAACUACGAGAAGCGUGCUUUCGCCAAGGAUGAGCUCAGGCCGGUGUCUGGCACUGGCCAAGACAGCUGGGGGGGCAUUGGCCAGACGCUGGUUGAUGCCAUGGAAUUCGACCGGGCAGCUGCCUGGGUGGAGAAAUCAUUGAGCUUUGCCCAUGACCUGAACGUGAAUCUCUUCGAAACCACUAUUCGCCAUUUGGGCGGGCUUCUUUCUGCCUUCGUUGAGUGGAAGGCCUGGGCUCUUGGCCAAAGCAGUGGAUCUGGGCGACCGCUUGCCCGGAUCCAAGCGUUUCCGAGCAUCCCGGCAAUCCCCAGUCCUGCGCCGCCUGCGCCUGCGAAAGGUGACACCACCACCGGAUGGACAGACGACGUCAAGAAGCUGCUGCAACAGGUUGGUGUCCCGCAAAAUACGUUGGAUACAGUGCUUGGGAAAGAGGUCAAAACUGCGCCAGCAAGCUUGCCGUCGUCAGAUGUGAACCUGAAAACGGGAGAAACAAAAAACCUAGCUGGCUUCGUCUCCCUCGCUGAAGCGUAUGUUCCGAUGGAAUGGAAGUAUUUGACUGCAUUGACUGGCAACUGUACUUACUCGCGAGCUCAGGAUCAGGUGCUGCGCACUCUGAACGCUUCCCUGGACCUCCAGAACCGGGGUCUAGGCGCCAUCUUGCUGAGAUCUGAUGGCAGCACUUUCGCAUCUCCGGAGAACCGCAUUUCCUUGGGAAGCCGCGGCGACUCUUUCUACGAGUACCUCUUGAAAGACAGCCUCUUUGCAGGCGAGCAUGCGGAUCCGUUGGCAAGGACUUUGUGGAAUUCCUUCAGACGCAAACUCCCGGAGCUUCUGGUGGAAGUUGACCCGCAGCCAGCAGCGAGCCGAAGGAAGCGGAGGCGCAGCCCAAAGGAAGAGGCCGGCCUGCCAUGCAUGCCAUGCAUGCCAUGCUAG